AUGGCAAACAAUUCCCCCCGCAACACCCACGCGGUUACUUCAAUGGCGCCUCCCGCCGUUCCCACUGCCUCAAUGGGCAUGGGCUCAAAGAAGUUCGACAUCACCAGCCUGAUGUCGCCCCCCGACCCCGUCUUGGACAGCUUCAGCCAUCACCACCAUCAGUCGGAGAUGAGCAAGUCUGCAUCCGCGGGCAUUGCACAGUCGUCUUCAGCUAAGCACCCGAUGCCCAUGUCACCGCCCAUCUCUCCCUACAGCAAGCCAAUUUCCACCACCGAGGCCCCGGCCACUCCUCCGUCCCAGGCUGUCAAGGAUCCUCUCCUCUAUCCCGUCGAGGACAACAUCCUAUCCAGUCCGGCCCAGCCGCCUCUAUUCGCCCCAGCCGAGCUCGAAGAUCACCGCCGCAUUGUCGACGACCAUGUGUUGGCCCGAUCGCGGGCGUCUUUCGCAGGAGUGCUGCCACCUAAGCGAGAGGACUACGAGCUCGCCCUCACUUUCCGGUCGCAGGUCAUGAAGCACUUCACAGCCAAUCGCAAGGCAUGGUUGCGCAAGGAGCGCGCCCUUCUCGAGGCCGACCGGCGAGCUGGUGCACAGCGAUACCAUACAAUCCUGCCUGCGGCCAAGCCUGUCGUCGCUUCUAAGGCCCCACGAUCACAGCGCGUCGACCGGGUCUCGAAACCCCAGUCUGCCCCGCGCCCGAUCCGAACCCACCCCGUCGCGACCACCACCACCACCCCCGGCCCCAUGCGACCCGCUGCCCCCAGGCCUAGAGUUAGUGCGACCCCUGAACCUUCCCGAAGGAUUGUCGCCCCCAACCGUGAGGAUAAGGACUUCAAGGCGCUCCCCAACUACUGCCCGCCACUGAACUCGCUCCCGAGCCGACCCAACAGCCUCAAGGUUGAUUGGAAGGGUCAGCCGAUUGAUCUCAGUGGCGAUCCUCACGCCAUGCUCCUGCAUCCCGACGAGCUGACUUUGGCGGGCAAUCUGAGACUUGACUGCGCCACGUACCUGACGAGCAAGCGACGCAUCUUUGAGCGACGACUGCAGUGUCUGCGCAACGGCAAAGAGUUCCGCAAGACGGAUGCGCAGCAGGCAUGCAAGAUUGACGUUAAUAAGGCCUCAAAGCUGUGGACCGCCUUUGACAAGGUCGGGUGGCUAGACGCCGAGUGGGUACGCCAGUACCUGUGA